AUGAACCUGACCAUACUGGAUCUGCUGGUUGGAAUUGGAAUGGGAGCUGUCGUAGAGUACUCGUACAUAAAACGGUACCCGUUUUCUCAAAAUGCCUGUAAGGUCAUAACUGGGAUCUUACAAGGAAUCGCCAAUGCUUUUAACAUCAACGCGGUUGUGAUAUGUGCUGAUCGACACCAAGCGGUCUAUGAUCCCAUCAACCUUUAUCAAUCUCGAUCAAAGCGCAAGGCAAUCAUCUUCAACUCUCUGUCAUGGGUGAUUGGACUCUCGUUCUGGAUAGGGUACGUCACAGUAUGGGAGUUCGUCAUCGAUCACGACAACGGACUCCACUGUACUCAGCGGUUUCUUCUCAGUCCGUUGACGAAUAUGAUCCAAAGUGCGGUCACGUUUUACUUGUCUUUGGCCAUCAUCGUCGUUCUCUAUGUCAGAAUCUUCAUCAAAAUCGGAAGACGGUUAGAGGACGGAACAAUAAGAAUGCGACUGAUUUAA